CGCGUCACUGUGCCGAACGCCACCUGCCCGCUCCGUAUAAAGGCGCCGCCGGCCUCGCCCCCAGGACUCGGCCCCAUGGAGACGCCGCGGGCCGCGGCUGGCGCUCGGCGGGGAGCUGUGACAGGUGCCUUCCAUCAGUCUGAGCUGUGAGUGGCAGGUGGAGAGAGGUCCACUCAGAAAGUCAGCCCCACCAUGAGUCUGUGGGAACUUGACAGCCACAGCUGCCAGGGUACCCCGAGGCCAGCUCAGGAGCCCAGCACUGAGGAGACAUUGGCUGUGGAGCUGCAGAUGAAGGUUGAUUUCUUCCGGAAGCUAGGCUACUCAUCCGCUGAAAUCCACAGUGUCCUGCAGAAACUGGGGGUGCAGGCUGACACCAACACAGUGCUGGGCGAGCUGGUCAAACAUGGGUCAGCAGCCGAGCGGGAGCGCCAGGCCUCCCCGGACCCCUGCACUCAGCCCCCCCUGGUCCCCCGGGGUGGGGGCACCCCCAAGGCACCCACCCUGGAGCCCUCACCCCCAGAGGAGAACAAGGAAGGCAGUGACCUGAGACCUGUGGUCAUCGACGGGAGCAACGUGGCCAUGAGCCACGGGAAUAAGGAGGUGUUCUCUUGCCGGGGCAUCCUCCUGGCAGUGAACUGGUUUCUGGAGCGGGGCCACACAGACAUCACGGUAUUUGUGCCAUCCUGGAGGAAGGAGCAGCCUCGGCCCGAUGUGCCCAUCACAGACCAGCACAUUCUGCGGGAGCUGGAGAAGAAGAAGAUCCUGGUGUUUACCCCGUCCCGGCGCGUGGGUGGCAAGCGUGUGGUGUGCUAUGAUGACCGCUUCAUCGUGAAGCUGGCUUUCGAGUCUGACGGAGUCGUGGUCUCCAAUGACACGUACCGGGACCUGCAGAGCGAGCGGCAGGAGUGGAAGCGCUUCAUUGAGGAGCGGCUGCUCAUGUAUUCCUUCGUCAAUGACAAGUUCAUGCCCCCCGAUGACCCUCUGGGCCGUCAUGGGCCAAGCCUGGACAACUUCCUGCGUAAGAAGCCACUCACAGCAGAGCACAGGAAGCAGCCAUGUCCCUACGGGAGGAAAUGCACCUACGGGAUCAAGUGCCGAUUCUUCCACCCGGAGCGGCCGAGCCGCCCGCAGCGCUCUGUGGCUGACGAGCUUCGCGCCAAUGCCCUCCUCCCCGCCUCCAGGGCCCCCGGCAAAGACAGAAGUGGCCAGAGGCCCUCACCCUCGUCCCAGCCCGGCCCUGGGCCCACAGAGCAUGAGCAGUGCAGCCUGGACGGGAAGAAGCUGGGAGCCCAGGCAUCCCCGGGGCCGCACCGAGAGGCUCUGACACAGCCCUUCGCCCCUGCCGGCAGGAGCCUCCCGCCUAGUGGGGGCAGCGGCAGCAGCUUUGGGCCCACAGACUGGUUCCCACAGACGCCAGAGUCUCUCCCAUACACGUCCCAAGAGUGUCUGGACUCGGGCAUCGGCUCCCUGGAGAGCCAGAUGUCCGAACUCUGGGGAGUUCGCGGAGGGGGCCCUGGUGAGCCCGGCCCGCCUCGGGGCCCUUAUACCGGCUACAGCCCCUAUGGGGCUGAGCUCCCAGCCGCUCGGGCCUUCUCUGCCUUUGGAGGGGCCGUGGGUGCCGGCCACUUCAGUGUCCCUGCUGACUAUGCCCCCCCGCCGGCUGCCUUUCCACCUCGAGAGUACUGGUCUGAGCCGUACCAGCUGCCCCCGCCCACCCCAGUCCUGCAGGACCGGCAGGUGCCAGGCCCGGGGGCUGACAGGGGCCUAUGGGGCGGGGCUGGCAGCCUAGCCAAGGAGCGAGCCAGCGUGUUCACCAAGCUGUGUGGGGUCUUCCCCCCGCACCUGGUAGAGGCUGUGAUGGGGCGCUUCCCGCAGCUCCUGGACCCCCAGCGGCUAGCCGCGGAGAUUCUUUCUUACCAGCCCCGGCACCCCAGUGAGUGA